AUCACCCUGCGCGGCGGCGCCCACCGGCACGCUACCCAAGUCCCAGCUCUCUCCAAGCGGCGAGCUUGCUCUCCUCUCUGCGUGCGCGCUCCGCCGCCGCCCCACCCGCGCCGCCUGUUCGACGUGAUGGCGCAGUGGGACGCCCUGGUGGACGCCGCGCUCGCGAGGCUGGAGACCAGGAGCCUGCUGCGUGCCACGCGCCCCAUCGCGCUCGCGCCGCCGCCCGCGGCCCCGGAGACCUUUGCUGGCCCGGGGCCCUGGGACCGCGCUGCCGUCGAGAUCCGGCUCGACCUCGGAACCCUCCACAAAUGGCUCGCCGAAGGUGGUGAAACGGUUGAGCAGGAAGAGAACCUGGACGGGAAUCUGAUUCUUUUCUCCGGGAAUGACUACAUGGGCCUCAGCUCGCAUCCGGCAGUCCGUGAGGCUGCAGUGAAGGCAGCACAAGAGUAUGGCAUGGGUCCAAGAGGUUCCGCGUUGAUAUGUGGCUAUACAACUUAUCACAAAUUGGUGGAGGAAUCAUUGGCAGAACUCAAGAAAAAAGAGGAUUGUCUUCUAUGCCCCACUGGAUUUUCGGCCAACAUGGCUGUGAUGAUGGCCCUGGGGAGUAUCAGCUCUCUUUUGGCUGUUGGGAGAAAGCCUGCAGAGGAUGAGAGAAUCGCGAUCUUCUCAGAUGCGCUGAACCAUGCUUCAAUCAUUGAUGGAAUUCGCCUUUUGGAGCGACAGCAAGAAGCGUUAGUGUUUGUCUACAAGCACUGUGACAUGUUCCAUCUUGAUUUCCUGCUGUCCAGUUGCUCUAUGGUGAAGAAAGUUGUUGUCACAGAUAGCCUGUUCAGCAUGGAUGGUGAUUUUGCUCCAUUCCCUGAACUUGUCAAGUUACGCAGAAAGUAUGGGUUUUUGUUGGUCAUCGAUGAUGCUCAUGGAACACUUGUUUGUGGUGAGAAUGGUGGUGGUGCAGCUGAGCUGUUUGAUUGUGAAAAUGACAUUGACAUUAGUGUUGGCACCUUAAGCAAAGCUGCUGGCUGCCAAGGUGGUUUUAUAGCAUGCAGCACUAGAUGGAAGAGUUUGAUUCAAUCACGAGGUCGCUCAUUCAUAUUUUCGACUGCUUUGCCAGUGCCAGUAGUUGCUUCUGUGCAUGCUGCCCUUUAUGUAUCAAGGAAGGAGAGAUGGCGAAGAUCAGUGGUCUGGAGGCAUGUGCAAUAUUUUGCCUCUUUGACCAGAGUUGACAUAACUAGUCCUAUAAUAUCCAUUGUAGUUGGAAGUGAAGAAGCAGCGCUUAGGGCUGGCAGGCAUUUGCUAAGAUCUGGAUUUCAUGUUACACCAAUUCGACCGCCCACGGUGCCACCCAACUCCUGCAGGUUGCGAAUUACUCUUAGUGCUUCUCAUUCCUCGGAUGAUAUCAAAAGGCUGGUUGAUGCACUCACACCCUGGCUUCCUGACAAACAUGCUGAGCAGAGCUACGCUGCAGUGUCGAAGCUGUAAGCAACAAUCCAUCUGAGUUCAGGUUCCAGGUCCGGCUUUAGGAAGUGGUAGUAGCUUAGGUUAUGCUGGAUGCUACAAGAAGAGGCGUUAGAUUGGUGUUGCUUGGCACGGUUAUUUGUAUGCAUUCAUAUUGGUUUGUACCACGAACAACCUCAGCAGAAUCUCUGUGGUCUCAUCCUGCAGUUUAUAAGUAAACUGUCCUGAUAGAUAUCCCUUGGUUUGCUGCACACUGGGAAGUGGGAACUGUUCAAAA